AUGGAAGGCCUCAAGAAAGCCUUCGCGCGCGCGAAGAGUGAGAGUCGAACACCGCUGGUAGCCUAUGUGACUGCGGGCUAUCCCACCAUUGCGGAAUCGGCAGACAUACUGCUGUCCAUGGAAGCGGGGGGCGCGGACAUCAUCGAGCUGGGCCUCCCCUUCACCGACCCGAUAGCAGACGGCCCGACCAUUCAGGUGGCGAAUACACAGGCACUCAACAAUGGCACAGGGACCAAGACCUGCCUCAAGAUCGUGCGAGAUGCGCGAGCGCGCGGUCUUAAAGCCCCGGUCUUGUUCAUGGGCUACUACAAUCCGCUUCUGGCUUACGGAGAGGAGCGCAUGUUCCAGGAUGCGAAAGCUGCAGGGGUGAAUGGCUUCAUCAUGGUCGACUUGCCGCCAGAGGAGGCUAUCAGGUUUCGGCAGCACUGCACCACCUACGGUCUUUCAUAUGUCCCACUCAUUGCACCCGCCACCAGCGAGAAGCGCAUGAAGCUGUUGUGUGGUAUUGCGGACAGCUUCAUCUACGUCGUGAGUAGGAUGGGUGUGACCGGCGCGACUGGUGUGCUGAGCACAGGGCUGCCCGAUCUCCUGGACAGAGUGCAUAAGUACUCCAAAGGGAUACCGGCCGCUGUCGGCUUCGGAGUCAGCACCAGAGAGCAUUUCCUAGAGGUGGCCAAGGUGGCAGAAGGGGUUGUGAUUGGAUCGCAAAUCAUCACAACCCUCAAAAACGCACCGCAAGGGGAGGGGGCGAAGGCAGUGGAAGAGUACUGCUACCAGAUCACCCAGCGGAGAAAUCCAGCCACGUCUGUCACGAACGGGCAAUCGAACGGACAGAGCAAUGGGCAGCCGAACGGCACAGGCAUCAGCACAGCAGCGAACCCCAAUGGCGAUGGAAGUGGCUGGAUCUCACAUUCAGACGCCGAACCACCCAAGGAUAUAUCAACGGCAGAUCCUACCAAGCAACCUGCGAGUGAGAGUGACCCCAUAAAUGGCAAGGUCCACGUCGACGCUGUUGUUGAGGGCUCAGGCGGCACCGGCAUUGUCGAUCAGCUUGAGGCCUUGAACACCGAUGGCGCAGAACCUGAGCUCAUGCCUUCUCGCUUCGGCGAGUUCGGUGGCCAAUACGUUCCCGAAUCACUGAUGGACUGUCUUGCAGAACUCGAGAAAGGGUUCAACGAUGCAAGAAACGACCCGAAGUUCUGGGAAGAGUUCAGGUCGUAUUAUCCAUACAUGAGCCGCCCAUCGUCUCUGCAUAUCGCGCAGCGACUGACUGACCACACCCGUAAAUCCUGCAAAGACGGCAUGGGAGCAAAUAUCUACCUCAAACGCGAGGAUCUCAACCACACUGGCUCCCACAAGAUCAACAACGCAAUCGGGCAAAUGCUUAUUGCGCGCCGACUAGGCAAGACUGAGAUCAUCGCCGAGACUGGAGCUGGACAGCACGGUGUUGCAACUGCUACCGCUUGUGCGUAUUUCGGCAUGAAAUGUACUGUUUACAUGGGUGCGGAAGAUGUCCGCAGACAAGCUCUCAACGUGUUCCGGAUGAAACUGCUCGGUGCAUCUGUGGUCGCGGUCAACGCCGGCAGCCGAACGCUCAGAGAUGCCGUCAACGAAGCUAUGCGGAAGUGGGUUGAGAAGCUGGACACGACACACUACAUUAUCGGAUCGGCGAUAGGCCCUCACCCAUUCCCGACAAUGGUCCGGACGUUUCAAAGCGUGAUCGGACAGGAGACAAAAGAGCAGAUGAAUAAGCUCACAGGCCGGCUACCGGACGCAGUCGUGGCAUGCGUGGGUGGCGGGAGCAACGCGACUGGCAUGUUCCACCCUUUCAGCGAGGACCCUAGUGUCAAGCUGCUUGGUGUGGAAGCUGGUGGUGCUGGACUCGACACUGACAAGCAUUCGGCGACACUGACUGGUGGCAAGCCUGGUGUCCUCCACGGUGUGCGUACAUACGUACUGCAAUCUGACGAGGGCCAGAUCAGCGACACCCACUCGGUCUCAGCUGGUCUCGACUACCCAGGCGUGGGGCCAGAGUUGUCCGGAUGGAAAGAUAAUUCCCGAGCGAAGUUCGUUGCUGCUACGGACCCUGAAGCGUUCAUUGGCUUCAAGCUGAUGUCAGAGCUCGAGGGCAUCAUACCAGCGUUGGAAAGCAGCCACGGUAUCUUUGGUGCGGUCGAGCUAGCCAAAACGAUGAAGCAAGACGAGAACGUUGUCAUCUGCCUUUCCGGACGAGGCGACAAGGACGUGCAGUCUGUGGCCGAAGAGCUUCCUCGUAUUGGGCCUGAGAUCGGAUGGGAUUUGCGGUUUUAA